GGGGCACUGGGCGGUGGGGCUAGUGAGAGCCGGGCUCGGCCGCUGGCCUGCGUCCUGGACUCUCGGGCCUUUCCCGCCUUGCGCUACUCCAUGCUCAGCCUCACAGCGGCUCAUCUUCCACAUACAGUGGGGAAACAGGCCCAGGCACCGGGAGGAGUUCCCACCAGUUCACUCUGUAGCAGGACGAGCCGCAGACAAGAACCCCUCAGACACCGAAUUGUAGAAGGAAAGGGCUUUAUUUAGCGGGGAGCACCAGCAGACUCACGUCUCCAAAAACCGAGCUCUCCGAGUGAGCAAUUCCUGUCCCUUUUAAGGGCUUACAACUCUAAGGGGGUCUGCGUGAGAGGGUCCUGAUCGAUUGAGCAAGCAGGGGGUACGUGACUGGGGGCUGCACGCACCAGUAAUCAGAACGGAACAGAACAGGACAGGGAUUUUCACAAUGCUUUUCCAUACAAUGUCUGAAAUCUAUAGAUAACAUAACCGGUUAGGUCAAGGAUUGAUCUUUCACCAGGCCCAGGGCACAGCGCCGGGCUGUCUGCCUGUGGAUUUUAUUUCUGCCUUUUAGUUUUUACUUAUUCUUUAUUUGGAAGCAGAAAUUGGGCAUAAGACAAUAUGAGGGGUGGUCUCCUCCCUUACCUCCGCCUCCUGGGUUCAAGCGAUUCUCCUGCCUCAGCCUCCUGAGUAGCUGGGAUUACAGGUACACACCACCAUGCUCUGCUAAUUUUUGUAUUUUUAGUAGACCUGGGGUUUCGCCAUGUUGGCCAGGCUGUCUUGAACUCCUGACCUCAAGUGAUCCAUCCGCCUCGGCCUCCCAAAGUGCUGGGAUUACAGGUGUGAGCCACCGUGCCCGGCCGGGAGUGGAUAGAUUUGAUGUGCGUGUGUAACAGGCAGAGGUUGAUGGAGUAACAGGGAAGUGAGGCUCCUAGGAUUUUGGUCUGAGCAACUGGGUGUGGCCAUUUAUCAUCUCAAUAAAUGUCUGCGGGGAGCAGGGUGACGUAUGGGAGUGGAGCCAUGAGCUCCUUUUCACACUUGCUGAGUUUGAAUGGGCUGUCAGUCCCUAAGGAGAGACGUCUAAUCAGCAGCAGGAUCUAAGAUUCCUAAGCUUAGGGAAGGGUCAGUGCUGGAGAUGUAAUUUGGAAAUCGUCAGCAUAUAAUUAGUGUUGAAACAUGAACCUAGGUUAGUUCGUCCAAAGAGAGAGCACCAAUAUAGGGAGUGAAGGGUUAAGACCAGAUAGCAGGUGCUGGGGGCUCUCCAGGGGCGAAGCAGCAGAGGAGGCUGAGGGGGAGCAGUCAGUGCAGUGGGAGGAGAGGCGGAUGUGAGUGGCAUUAGAGAAUCCAGGGGGAGAAUAAACCACAUCAGAUGCUGCUGAGAGGCUGAGAAAGAUGAGGACAGAGAGAUGGGAACCAGAUAUGGCGCUGAGAUUGUCAGCAAGUCCACUGAAAAGGGUUUUCUUUUUUUUGUUUGUUUUGAGACGGAGUCUUGCUCUGCUGCCCAGGCUGGAGUGCAGUGGCGUGAUAUCGGCUCACCACAAUCUCCACCUACCGGGUUCAAGCGAUUCUCCUGCCUCAGCCUCCUGAGUAGCUGGAACUACAGGUGCACGCCACCAUGCCCAGCUAAUUUUUUUUUUUUUUUUUGAGACGAAGUUAUGCUCUUGUCACCCAGGCUGGAGUGUAAUGGCGCAAUCUUGGCUCACCGCAACCUCCACCUCCUGGGUUCAAGUGAUUCUUCUGCUUCAGCCUCCCGAGUAGCUGGGAUUACAGGCAUGUGCCCGGCUAAUUUUGUACUUUUAGUAGAGAUGGGGUUUCUCCAUGUUGGCCAGGCUGGUAUGGAUCUCCAGACCUCAGGUGAUCCGCCCGCCUCAGCCUCCCAAAGUGUUGGGAUUACAGGCGUGAGCCACCGCACCUAGCCUAAUUUUUGUAUUUUUGAAAAGAGAUGGGGUUUCACUAUGCUGGCCAGGCUGAUCUCGAACCCCUGACCUCGUGAUCUGCCUGCCUUGGCCUCCCAAAGUGCUGGGAUCACAGGCGUGAGCCACUGCGCCCGGCCCGGGUUUUCUUUUUAAAAAAGGAAAAAACUUUGUUCCAGCAGUUUGCAAACCAGGGUGAUGCAGCCUUCUGUACAAAGGUGCAUUCCAGAGAACAAAGAAAGAGGUUGUCUUUUGUAGAGAACUUCCUGCCCAGGUUCCCACUUUGGUCCACUUAUGCAAAUAAGGAAGGCACACUUGCUUAGUUCUGAUUGGUUAAUACUUACUGAAUUCAGAUUGGCCGAUGUAGGUCACAGUCAGGUUGAUUUUGGCAGCAUAAACAGGAACAGACAGCUAUGAAACCGUCCCAGAGUUAAGCGAGAGUGGGGGCUUUCCAGGAACACAGAAUGUGUGUGACCCUAGUAAGCAAAUGGCUGCUAGGUCCUACUUUGAAUUUAUGCCCAGUUAGUAACUUGGGAUCCAUCAUGAAGGAGUGGCUCUUUCAGCGUUCACAAAGUUAUUGGUGACCUUUUAAAGAUCAAUUUCAGUGGGAUGUGGGAAUUGGAGGCAAGGAAGUAGAGAUAGCCACUGAAAAUAAUGUUUCCAAGUUCCUAAAGAAAGCCAGAAACAGGGCUAUGGCAGGAGGACAGCAUGGGUCAAGGGAAGGUUGUUGAUUGUAAUCAAGAGACACCAGAGUGUCUGGGCGUGGUGGCUCAUGCCUGUAAUCCCAGCACUUUGGGAGGCCGAGGCGGUCAGCUCACCUGAGGUCAGGAGUUUGAGACCAGCUUGGCCAACAUGGCGACACCCCACCUCUACUAAAAAUACGAAAACUAGCCAGGUGUGAUGGCGGGCGCCUGUAAUCCCAGCCACAAGGGAGGCCGAGGCAGGAGAAUCACUUGAACCUGGGUUGCAGAGGUUGCAGCGAGCCGAGAUCGUGCCACUGCACUCCAGCCUGGGUGACACAGUAAGACUCUGCCUCAAAAAACAAACAAAAACGAAAAAAGAGACAGGAGAGUCAUGUAUGCUGAUGGGGUGAGCCAGGUACCAGGAUCUCGACAUCUAAGCAUGCCCCCUUCUCCAACAGCCUCCUUACCUUCCUGCAUGAAAGCACACCCUCCCCUCCAGCCCCCCAUUCCUUUAUUCUGCUGUAUUUUUCUCCAUAACACUUACCACCUUUGAACGUACUAUAUACACAACACGUAUCUGUCUAGCAACUUUGCUGUCUGGCUCUCUUCCCUAGAGUUUAAGCUGUGAGAAGCCGAGGCUGCUGUCUGCCUGGCUCAUGGCUGCUUUCCUGGUGUCUAGCACAGAGCCUAGCCUGUUUCAGGGGCUCAGUGAAACAUUUGUUGGCUGAAGGAAUGAAUGAAUGGCUCUAGCAGAGGGGCAGAAACUAACGAUGCAGGAGGAGAGAACUGGGAAGGGAUCCAGAGCCAGGGCCUGGCAGGGAGUGUAGAUGUGUCCUCCCUGAUCGCAGAGAAGGAGAGAGGCUGCACUUUGAGGGGUGGAAAGACAAGGCUGGCUUUCCUGAGGAUGCGCCAGCGUCACCCCCGGGCAAGAUGCCCUCCUCUCUGUGUGGCCGGAAUCCUUGCCUGUGGCUUUCUCCUGGGCUGCUGGGUACCCUCCCAUUUCCAGCAGAGUUGUCUUCAGGCUUUGGAGCCGCAGGCCGUGUCUUCUUACUUGAGCCCUGGUGCUCCCGUAAAAGGCUGCCCUCCUUCCCCCGGCUUCCAGAGGCAGAGGCGGAGGCAGAGGCGGGCUGCAGGCAGCAUCCUACACCUGGAGCUGCUGGUGGCCGUGGGCCCUGAUGUCUUCCAGGCUCACCAGGAGGACACGGAGCGCUACGUGCUCACCAACCUCAACAUCGGGGCGGAACUGCUUCGGGACCCGUCCCUGGGGGCUCAGUUUCGGGUGCACCUGGUGAAGAUGGUCAUUCUGACAGAGCCCGAGGGUGCUCCAAAUAUCACAGCCAACCUCACCUCAUCCCUGCUGAGCGUCUGUGGGUGGAGCCGGACCAUCAAUCCUGAGGACGACACGGAUCCUGGCCAUGCUGACCUGGUCCUCUACAUCACCAGGUUUGACCUGGAGUUGCCUGAUGGUAACCGGCAGGUGCGGGGGGUCACCCAGCUGGGCGGUGCCUGCUCCCCAACCUGGAGCUGCCUCAUUACCGAGGACACUGGCUUCGACCUGGGAGUCACCAUCGCCCAUGAGAUUGGGCACAGCUUCGGCCUGGAGCACGACGGCGCUCCUGGCAGCGACUGCGGCCCCAGCGGACACGUGAUGGCUUCGGACGGCGCCGCGCCCCGCGCCGGCCUCGCCUGGUCCCCCUGCAGCCGCCGGCAGCUGCUGAGCCUGCUCAGCGCAGGACGGGCGCGCUGCGUGUGGGACCCGCCUCGGCCUCAGCCCGGGUCCGCGGGGCGCCCGCCGGAGGCGCAGCCUGGCCUCUACUACAGCGCCGACGAGCAGUGCCGCGUGGCCUUCGGCCCCAAGGCUGUCGCCUGCACCUUCGCCAGGGAGCACCCGGAUAUGUGCCAGGCCCUCUCCUGCCACACAGACCCGCUGGACCAAAGCAGCUGCAGCCGCCUCCUCGUUCCUCUCCUGGACGGGACAGAAUGUGGCGUGGAGAAGUGGUGCUCCAAGGGUCGCUGCCGCUCCCUGGUGGAGCUGACCCCCAUAGCAGCAGUGCAUGGGCGCUGGUCUAGCUGGAGUCCCGAAAGUCCUUGCUCCCGCUCCUGCGGAGGAGGUGUGGUCACCAGGAGGCGGCAGUGCAACAACCCCAGACCUGCCUUUGGGGGGCGUGCAUGUGUUGGUGCUGACCUCCAGGCUGAGAUGUGCAACACUCAGGCCUGCGAGAAGACCCAGCUGGAGUUCAUGUCGGAACAGUGCGCCAGGACCGAUGGCCAGCCGCUGCGCUCCUCCCCUGGCGGCGCCUCCUUCUACCGCUGGGGUGCUGCUGUACCACACAGCCAAGGGGAUGCUCUGUGCAGACACAUGUGCCGGGCCGUUGGCGAGAGCUUCAUCAUGAAGCGUGGAGACAGCUUCCUUGAUGGGACCCGGUGUAUGCCAAGUGGCCCCCGGGAGGACGGGACCCUGAGCCUGUGCGUGUCAGGCAGCUGCAGGACAUUUGGCUGUGACGGCAGGAUGGACUCCCAGCAGGUACAGGACGCGUGCCAGGUGUGUGGUGGGGACAACAGCACGUGCAGCCCACAGAAGGGCUCUUUCACAGCUGGCAGAGCGAGAGAAUAUGUCACAUUUCUGACAGUUACCCCCAACCUGACCAGUGUCUACAUUGCCAACCACAGGCCUCUCUUCACACACUUGGCGGUGAGGAUCGGAGGGCGCUACGUCGUGGCUGGGAAGACGAGCAUCUCCCCUAACACCACCUACCCCUCCCUUCUGGAGGAUGGCCGUGUCGAGUACAGAGUGGCCCUCACCAAGGACCGGCUGCCCCGCCUGGAGGAGAUCCGCAUCUGGGGACCCCUCCAGGAAGAUGCUGAGAUCCAGGUUUACAGGCGGUAUGGCGAGGAGUAUGGCAACCUCACCUGCCCAGACAUCACCUUCACCUACUUCCAGCCUAAGCCGCUGCAGGCCUGGGUGUGGGCCGCUGUGCGUGGGCCCUGCUCGGUGAGCUGUGGGGCAGGGCUGCGCUGGGUAAACUACAGCUGCCUGGACCAGGCCAGGAAGGAGCUGGUGGAGACUGUCCGGUGCCAAGGGAGCCAGCAGCCACCAGCGUGGCCAGAGGCCUGCGUGCUUGAACCCUGCCCUCCGUACUGGGCGGUGGGAGACUUCGGCCCAUGCAGUGUCUCCUGUGGGGGCGGCCUGCGGGAGCGGCCAGUGCGCUGCGUGGAGGCCCGGGGCAGUCUGCUGAAGACAUUGCCCCCAGCCCGGUGCAGAGCAGGGGCCCAGCAGCCAGCUGUGGCGGUGGAAACCUGCAACCCCCAGCCCUGCCCCGCCAGGUGGAAGGUGUCAGAGCCCAGCCCAUGCACAUCAGCUGGUGGAGCAGGCCUGGCCUUGGAGAACGAGACCUGUGUGCCGGGGGCAGAUGGCCUGGAGGCUCCAGCGACUGAGAGGCCUGGCUCCGUAGAUGAGAAGCUGCCUGCCCCUGAGCCCUGUGUCGGGAUGUCAUGCCCUCUAGGCUGGGGCCAUCUGGAUGCCACCUCUGCAGGGGAGAAGGCUCCCUCCCCAUGGGGCAGCAUCAGGACGAAGGCUCAAGCUGCACACGUGUGGACCCCUGUGGCGGGGCCGUGCUCCGUCUCCUGCGGGCGAGGCCUGAUGGAGCAGCGUUUCCUGUGCAUGGACUCUGCCCUCAGGGUGCCUGUCCAGGAGGAGCUGUGUGGCCUGGCAAGCAAGCCUGGGAGCCGGCGGGAAGUCUGCCAGGCUGUCCCAUGCCCUGCUCGGUGGCGGUACAAGCUGGCGGCCUGCAGUGUGAGCUGUGGGGGAGGGGUCGUGUGGAGGAUCCUGUAUUGUGCCCGGGCCCAUGGGGAGGACGAUGGUGAGGAGAUCCUGUUGGACACCCAGUGCCAGGGGCUGCCUCGCCCGGAACCCCAGGAGGCCUGCAGCCUGGAGCCCUGCCCACCUAGGUGGAAAGUCAUGUCCCUUGGCCCAUGUUCGGCCAGCUGUGGCCUUGGCACUGCUAGACGCUCGGUGGCCUGUGUGCAGCUCGACCAAGGCUGGGACGUGGAGGUGGACGAGGCAGCCUGUGCGGCGCUGGUGCGGCCGCAGGCCAGCGUCCCCUGUCUCAUUGCCGACUGCACCUACCGCUGGCACGUCAGCACCUGGAUGGAGUGCUCUGUUUCCUGUGGGGAUGGCAUCCAGCGCCGGCGUGACACCUGCCUCGGACCCCAGGCCCAGGCACCUGUGCCGGCUGAUUUCUGCCAGCACUUGCCCAAGCCGGUGACUGUGCGUGGCUGCUGGGCUGGGCCCUGUGUGGGACAGGAGACGCCCAGCCUGGUGCCACAUGAAGAAGCUGCUGCUCCAGGACAGACCACAGCCACCCCUGCUGGUGCCUCCCUGGAGUGGUCCCAGGCCCGGGCCCUGCUCUUCUCCCCGGCUCCCCAGCCUCGGCGGCUCCUGCGCGGGCCCCAGGAAAACUCAGCGCAGUCCAGUGCCUGUGGCAGGCAGCACCUUGAGCCAACAGGAACCAUUGACAUGCGAGGCCCAGGGCAGGCAGACUGUGCAGUGGCCAUUGGGCGGCCCCUCGGGGAGGUGGUGACCCUCCGCAUCCUUGAGAGUUCUCUCAACUGUAGUGCAGGGGACAUGUUGCUGCUUUGGGGCCGGCUCACCUGGAGGAAGAUGUGCAGGAAGCUGUUGGACAUGACUUUCAGCUCUAAGACCAACACGCUGGUGGUGAGGCAGCGCUGCGGGCGGCCAGGAGGUGGGGUGCUGCUGCGGUAUAGGAGCCAGCUUGCUCCUGAAAUAUUCUACAGAGAAUGUGACAUGCAGCUCUUUGGGCCCUGGGGUGAAAUCGUGAGCCCCUCGCUGAGUCCAGCCACGAGUAAUGCAGGGGGCUGCCGGCUCUUCAUUAAUGUGGCCCCGCACGCCCGGAUUGCCAUCCAUGCCCUGGCCACCAACAUGGGCACUGGGACCGAGGGAGCCAAUGCCAGCUACAUCUCGAUCCGGGACACCCACAGCUUGAGGACCACAGCGUUCCAUGGGCAGCAGGUGCUCUACUGGGAGUCAGAGAGCAGCCAGGCUGAGAUGGAGUUCAGCGAGGGCUUCCUGAAGGCUCAGGCCAGCCUGCGGGGCCAGUACUGGACCCUCCAAUCAUGGGGACCGGAGGUGCAGGACCCUCAGUCCUGGAAGGGAAAGGAAGGAACCUGAGGGUCAUUGAACAUUUGUUACCUGUCUGGCCAGCCCUGGAGGGUUGACCUCUGGUCUCAGUGCUUUCCAAUUCGAACUUUUUCCAAUCUUAGGUAUCUACUUUAGAGUCUUCUCCAAUGUCCAAAAGGCUAGGGGGUUGGAGGUGGGGACUCUGGAAAGGCAGCCCCCAUUUCCUCGGGUAAGCAAUAAAUAAAACAUGCAGGCUGACCGGCGUUUUUUUCUUACAAGCUGUCCAGACCU